GUUGCAUUUUUGCUUGCAGAGUGUAAGUUUGAUGUUGAUAUUUUUCGACGGCGAAGAAGCAUUCAAAGAAUGGGGACCACGUGAUUCAAUAUAUGGGGCCAGGCAUCUUGCUUCCAAAUGGAAGGACACGCACAAUCCUUUAGGCAAUGGAAGCCAAAUGGAUAGUGUGGACGUAAUGAUGUUAUUGGACUUGCUUGGGGCGCCAAAUCCUACAUUCUACGACUAUUACGGGUUCUCCACCACUCAAUACUUCCGAAAGCUGUGUGAUAUCGAAGAUAGUCUCCAUGAAUUGAGCCAGCUAUCCCAGUACAGCCCUACUGAAAGGUACUUCAUGAGACUUACCAGCAGGUCGCACAUUGAAGAUGAUCAUUUGCCCUUCAUCAAGAAUGAAGUUCCCAUACUUCACGUGAUCGCCAGCCCGUUUCCGGAAGUUUGGCACAAAAUGGAGGACAACUACAGUGCCUUGGAUUUUGCAACCAUAGACAACCUCAACAAAAUAUUCAGAGUGUUCACAAUGAGUUAUCUGAACGGCUCCGAGAACCAGAAAGAGCAAAGGAAUCUGGACUUCUAGUGGAGUCAGUCUCAAUAAGUCAGUCAUUUAUUUUAGUUUGCCUAAUACAUUUAAUUGAUCCGUCCUAAUAAAGCCAUUCAUAGUUUUAAGUGAAGCCUACUAUGAGUGUUAGGUUUCGAUUCGACUGAUUUUUUCCAAUAUGCAAUCGUGUUAUCGGACGUUAAACUGUCGGUCCUGGCUAAGUAUGACAAUCGUAAGGUCCAUUGACGGCUAAAAUGGUAUAUUUAGGCGAGGUGGGACAUUCCUGUUCCUGCAGGUGACACCCCACCAAAAAAAGUCAUACGAAUUUACUUUUUCCAACGCAUGAAACAACAAAAUUCAAAACAACAACUUAUCAUGACAUAUAGUAUCCUAGAACAAAAAUGAUUUCAUGGCAUAUUGUAUUGAGCUCUAUUUUCUUGGAUAAUUGAAAAUGUCCAUCUUACUUAAUCUUUCUAUUGGUUUGAAACAAGUCUGUAUUGCAUCUUGUAGUUGAUAAUUUAAAACAUCGACAUGAGAAACGAUCAAAUAAAUAAUAGAACAAAUCUCUUUUUUAUAAUUGUUCAUUAACAACUAUUGUCCAAUCAAUUGUUCCCAGUUAUGCUUACAAAUUAGAAAAUUUAGAUGAGUGAUCAUGUGUGAUUGAAACUAUUCUUCCAAAAUCAGUAUACAAAUUAUAAAUUACUAUAAAAAAUAAAUUAUUUCUGUAAAAUUUAUUUGUAUCAUUUUGUCGAAGACAUUCUACAGAAUUGGUUUGAGCAAAUAUUUAGAUAAAGUUGAAAAAGUAGAUAUAUAAUAUAUAUGUUUUUGUUAUACUUGCAUAUUUUUAAUGUACAGUUGUAUUUUUGUAAAUUUAUGUAUUACUUGUAUUUGGGCAAGUGCACUACUUUGAUCAACAUAUUUGAUGAUUCUUUUUUAAUAAUAUUAUGAUGGUAUCCCACUUGUGAAUGUCUUUGUUCAAAAUCAUUAAACUUUUGAAAAACGUA